AAAAAAGACACACGGAAACGAAAAUAAAGAGUUACCUGAUUUUGUAGUUUUGAAACUAAUAUAACUAUAACUUAGUUCAGAUAUUUAUCAACACAGCUGAUACCAGUAUUAUUGUAUUCAAGUUUCUUCAUCCUUCCUUCUAAGUGUAACAACAAUGGGUCAGACAAUGGAUAAAAGUACUGAAAUUACUGAUGGAGUUUCAGUACUGGCAUGCCACUUUGAUACAAACCAAGACCAUAUUAAAUCAUUCGAAUACACUGCUGUUCAAACUACAGACCAAUACCGUCCUGGACAACCAUAUAAGGUGUUUAGAACACCAGGCGUGAGUUCAGCUAUUCUCACACUAAAGCUACCAAGUAACUGUAGGGUCCUUAAAUUGGACAUGACAUUGAAUCAUUGUAAAACCAGCGGCAAUGGAAUAAUUGAUAUUAUGAUUAAUGGCAGAAUCUUCCGUGACGGCUAUAGCGAGGCUGAACGGGAUAACUUUGCUGGACAGACUUUCGACAUUCCAGUGCACCUUUUGAAGGAUGAAAAUAAUACAAUUACUAUUGUACUGAACGAGGAAAGUAAAGGGGUGUACUGGCUGUCAGAUAUCAAAUUUGAACUGAAACAUACCCAGACAUAAUUUUUAAUUUCCAGUCUGAUAUCAUAUUGAAACUUAUGUAUUCAGUGACAAUAUAAAGACCACGAUCUGUUAUGAGCCACGUGAAAGUAUGGGUUAUUAUAUAAUUUCAUACCGAAAUUGAGUUCCUUGUUUCAUCUCAAUUAUAAUGUUAGGUAUUUUUAAACAUGGAUUUUAAACACCAACCAUUAGACUGUACAUAAUUCAGACUUUGAACAGACACAUAAAUUAUGUGGCGUAUAGACAUUUGUUAACGCUAAAUACCA